UCCAGCUGGGUUGGGUGAUUAUUUUGGCAUGAUGUGGAUUCUUCGGAAAGUCCAAGAGACUGCUGAGACCCUUCCACUGGAGAUCAGUCGACUGGUCAGCAAAAACUCAGAAGAGAUCACAGCGAAAGCAAACCUCCUCAACAAACUCCACAGCAACGUUUUGACACCAGAUAAGAUCCCUGAGUUCUUCUUGCCUCCCAGGCUUAGCAGACGCUCACUUGUAGCUGCGGAAAGUACAGUUUCCCAACUGCUUGGUGGAAAGAUACCUGACUGUGGUCUAAAAUUUCCACCAAAACUUGAUUUGACCCCUAAAACCAAACCAGAUUUGAAGAAGAGCACUGUGGAGGGCCGAAGGGGUCCAAAGCCAGUUCCGUUUGCUCUGAAAAACUAUGAGUCUGGUCUGUUUGAAAGUCCAAACACAAGGCGUAAAGAGUCGCUGUUCCACUCGGCGUUCACCAACUACAAGCUGGAGCGAGUGACCACCAGGGUGGUGCCAAAACUUCCCUCCAUUACAGUGUUGAAGGCAAGCAGCGUGGAGAGUGAUACCUCUUCCUCUGCUGACUCCUCCCCUCACAGUUCACCUCCUCCUUCUUGGCCAAUCAGACGCAAACUGGGUUCCCUUUUGGCAUCAACCGAAUCACUUCAUAAGGAAAAUAAGACACUGUCUACUCUUAACGAAAAUGUAAAGGUAACCCCAAUUAAAGCCAAUCGCCAAGGAACAGUCGCCCAACAGCCUAACAGCUCUACACUAGCCCCGCCCCUCCAGUUCCCAAUGGACAUGCUGCACUGCCAGGAACGCUUCCACAGUGAACACGUCCUACUCCUUUCCCAGACAGGUAGUGUUCGACUCUCUGCAUCCUACUUCAGCACCUCCGGAGAUCUACCUACGGUCCGAAUCCGGGUGGUCUCUGUGGAAGGUCUGCGGGAGUCCGGUGACCUCAGACCCCUGCACUGCGCCCUGACCUUAAGUCUGACCCCUGGCAAGCUGCAGCGACAGCACAGCACCAUCAUAAGAAACUGCCGCAACCCCGUGUUUAAUGAGGACUUCUUCUUCACGGAGCCUGGGGGGCAGGAGGGCCGGUUGUUGGAGAUGGCGCUUAGAGUGAAGGUGCUGGAUAAAGCCUCUGGGCUGGGGAGGGCUGCAGUGCUGGGGGUCGGCGUCAAACCUCUGUCUGAACUACUGACACAGUGACAGAACCAUAUCGACGCUGUCCAAUUAAAAAAAUGCAUCUCCAAAACAGCAACUUUACAGAGUAAAAAACCCUUCUUUAGUUUCAGUAGAGGUCAAUGUUAAAUGAGUUUAUUUCAGGUAAUUUUUGAGAAUUUCUGUUUGUCCAUUCAUCAAGUGUAUUUGACACAGUAUAAGUGAUAAUUUGUGUGUUCAAAUUAUGUAGUAACUAAAAAAAAAAACUGGAGAUGAUUGUUUUUUAUUGGAAAGUGCCACUAUUUAAUGAGUAAGAAUUGUUUUUUUAGGCCUGUGUUAAAUUUUUUAAUUGUAAAACAGUGUUGCUGACCAAUCUAAUCCAUUAUUUAUGUAUUUAAAUUUUAUAGAACGUGUAAAUUGACUGUCAUUUAAUUCAGGCUCUCUUUCCCUUGUAAAGAGAGAAAUUCAUUGUGUGAAAUCUUUAAGUGUAAAUUUACAAUAAUUAAGCAAGAACGUGUUGUUAUUGUCUACUGUAUC